AUGACACCUGAUCCUACCUUCCUCACAUCUCAGACUUCUACUUCUCACUCUCACGUUAUACAUACAGCCGAUGGUUCCACUAUGCCUAUUAGUCACAUAGGAACUAUUUCUCAAUCUCAGUUUUCUAUGCCUCAUAUUUAUCUUGUUCCAAAUCUUUCCCUUAAUCUUUUAUCUGUUGGACAACUAACUGAGUUGGGAUUAACCAUUACUUUUUCUUCUAAUGGUUGUGUUUUACAGGAUCCUCAGGCAGGACAGAUCAUUGGAACAGGCCGUAAGAUAGGACGACUAUUUGAACUUUCUUCAUUACAUCUGCCUACUACCACUGUUUCUGCUACCUCAACACUAUCCAAAACUCCUACAUUUGAGUUGUGGCAUUCUCGCUUGGGUCAUGCGUCAUUAUCUCGUGUCAAAACCCUUGCAUCUACGGCUGCAUCCCACUCAUCUGCUCAGUCCGAGGUUCCUGCCAGUGCGCCUACCACACAUCUUCGCCCUCAUUCCACUCGGGUAAGAAAUCCACCUGCACAUCUCAGUGAUUUUCAUUGUUAUCAUGCUCUUGCUACCUUACAUGCACCUCACAAUUUUCAUGAGGCAUCCUCUAACCCCAUAUGGCAGCAUGCAAUGGAAGAAGAGUUAGGUGCACUAUCUCAAACUCGUACAUGGGAUCUGGUUGAUCUGCCUCUUAGAAAGUCUGCUGUAGGAUGUAAAUGGGUUUACAUGAUCAAGACUCGUUCAGAUGGGUUUGUCGAGCGCUACAAAGCUUGA